AUGAAGACCUCCGUCGCCGCCGCCCUCGUCUCCCUCGGCGCCGUCCUGGCCUCGCCCGCGCGCACUCCCCUGCCCGCCCUGCCCGCCGGCGACGGGCUGUACCUCGGGCGCGUCGACUCCGCCGGCACCUUCACCUGGCUCUUCCAUGAAUCCUCCUCCUCCUCCUCCUCCACCGUCGUCGUCACCGAGUUGGCCGCCCCCGCCGAGAAGCGCGACGGCGCGUACUGCGAGGGCUUCGCGGCCGGCCCCGUCGGCGACGUCAACGCGGCGGUGGCGGCCAUCACGGAGGGCUGCCACGACACCUACUUCCACAGCGCGAUCGCGUUCCAGCGCGGCGGCGCGGUCGCUUACGGCUGCGCGUACGGCGGCGCGGGCGAGCGUUGCAACGGGUACGGCCUGGGGCCGGUGUUCAGCAGCAUCGCGGCGGGAUGCGGGCCGGGAAACGCGGGGUACUACGAGCUGGACGUGGACGGGUACGAGGCGCGCUUCGGCUACACCCGGGCCGGCAACGGAUUCUGCUAG